AUGUCGCCAUACCUGAAGGAUGCGGCCGAAAGCCCUACCAACGCUGCCUCUGAGAAGACAGCAGAGGCUCCGACGGGGGACCCAGGGGCUGCUGCGCCUCGUGCUCUUCUUCUCGUUGGAGCUGGCGCUGACGGCCUCGACUUGCCGAGCGGCACAGCUGUGCGCCGGCUGGAGACCGCUAGCGAUGGCCUGGUGAAAGUGGAACUGCCCAGCGGCGACCACGCAUGGGUGAGCUCUGACCACCUCCAGCUGGAGGCAUUUCCGGAUGGUACCCGCUCCCGGCUGGGGAUGUUCUCUGCAAGGUUUGAUGGUAAGGAGGUGGAAGUCAAGAUCCGACGGGUGUACAAGAUCUUGAAGGACCACAACUUCAAUGUACUCAUGGUGGAAGCCGUGGGCGGCGAUGAUUUUGGGACGAAGACAAUGAAAUUCUUGAACCAGACGCGCAUGAAGCGUGGGGUCGUAAUCUCUGUUUGUACUUGGCACUAUGGCGAGAAGACGAGCUCCACCUUCAGUUCUUACCACGAGCUACGAUAUGCCCAGGACUACGGACUGGAUCUGCUGCCAUUAAGGAUGGAAGAAGUCUACCCACCAAAGCCACCCUGCGGAACAGAGCACGAGUUCGACAAGGACGGCGAUGCUUUGGAUUUGAUUCAAAUGGCGAUGCGCCCUGCCAUUGCAUACAUCGACUGCCGCGAGCUCAGUGCCAUGGAGAUUGCCCGCGCGAUCGCGGGGAGCCUGCUGGGCGGACGGAAGAUGUCCGGGCACGGGCACAUCGAUGUCAACGGGUCCUUGUUCCAUGUCUUUCCCUUCGUUGACACUGUGAAGACACGGCGUGUGGAUUGCAAGAACUGCGAUGGAGCCGGCUAUUGCACUGCAGGAAGGGGCAAUAAGUUCGUGUGUCCCGCCUGCAGCGGCGAAGGCAAAGAGGUGACUCACGAUCACAUCGAGUGUCUGGAGUGCAAGGGUAUUGGUCGGCGAAUCUCACAGGAGUCUCAUCAGCUGUCGCCGAUUGUCAUGCCGCCGAAGCAGGCGUCUGGUAGGCCCUGCGAAGCGUGCGAUGGCAGCGGAACCUCCGUGAAGACACGGCGUGUGGAUUGCAAGAACUGCGAUGGAGCCGGCUAUUGCACUGCAGGAAGGGGCAAUAAGUUCGUGUGUCCCGCCUGCAGCGGCGAAGGCGAAGAGGUGAGGCGCGAUCACAUCGAGUGUCUGCAUUGCAAGGGUACUGGUCGGCGAAUCUCACAGGUGGAGGCGCACACGGAGAGGCAUCGGGAGUCCCAAAACAAGUGGGAGCGCGAGUUCAUUUCCUGGCAGCGAUCCGGCACAGCCCCUCUGCCCGUGGUCCGGCUGUGUUUGGUGGGGCAGGGCAGAGCCGGGAAGACGACCACCCUGAGGAGACUGAGGGGCGACAAGUCGGUUCAGGAGGGUGAGGAAAGGUCCACCUAUGGUAUCGACGUGUCAUGGGCGGAAACAUCUGGCGAACAUGUCUCUGAAUCCUGGCAGGUGUGCAAGUGCAGCAUGUUGGACACUCUCGCUGUGAAAGCCUUGAAAGAGCCGCGAAAGUCCCCCCAGACAGAGCCCGGGCCUCGGCUAGACGGCGCAGCUGCCGGGGCCACGAAAGAGCGGCGAGAAUCCCCCCAAAGUGAUUCGCAGCCAUGCUGGACAGAGACUGGUGGGCAUGGCGAUGUCAGCAUGUUGGACGCCCCAGGUGUGGGGGCAUUGAAAGAAGUUCAGCAUGAUACGCAGCCAGAAAACUCUUCAGCAGCGAGUGUUGCCGAGCUUCUCGCUGCACUACCCAGCUCGGCAGGAGCUUCGAACGGAGCAGCAAGUCCAGAAGCGGCAAGCUUGCGAGAAAGGCGGGAAGGGGCAACUGAGCGAGGGAAGUCCACCAAGACUACAUCGAAGAAAGCAGGUUUCAAGCACCAAGACGUUGUGCCACGAUCGAUGGGUGAGGACUUAUUGGUGAAGCUCCAGGCAAAGGACACUCCAGGGUCUGAGACCAGCAUGAUCCGGUUGCGGCCUUGGGAUUUUCCGGGACAGCAAGAAUAUUCGGAUUUGAAUCUCCUCUACUUCAAUGGGACCGGUAUUUACAUUGUCUUCUGUGAUGCCAGCCGGGAGUUGGAGGAGGCCUGGCAGGAAUUCAGGUUUUGGCUCUGGGCCGUGGCCCGCUUUGCAGUGCAUGAAGACCGCCCAACUCACAAUGUUCGGGACCAAGGCGAGGCUUGCCCUCCGAUAGUGCUAGUGGCCACCAAGUGGGCGACGAAACAGUUCGAGGCACAUGAGAUGGAUGAUCUACUGGAGCUUGCGUGCCAGGAGAUGCACGGAUUGAGCGUAAGGCUGAGGUGUCCACCUCAACCGAACGAGUCGAAGUGCUUUUUCUGCAUGGAGAACUUCGGCGUGAAUUCAGAGCAGCAUAUCCAGCCCCUACGAGCGUGCAUUCAAAGCGUGGCCAGAGAGCUGCUGGAGCCGUCAGGCCUUCAGGGCAGUCUCUACCCGGUGCCGUACCUUCAUGCUCAUGAUCUCCUUACCGAGCUUGCGGAUGGCCUGGAGAUUUGCGUCGCAAUGAGCUUGAGCGAGCUUCGCGCCAAGGUAGAGGAAGGGGGUCGCCAGCUGAAGGAGGCCAUCCAAGGCACACAUGCGAGCCACGGAACUCGGGUGCUCGCCCCCAAGGGCUCGGUCUUAAAGAACAGCUGGGCGGAGCUUCAAGAGCAGAGCGGCCGUGUGACCCUGCGCCUGCAGUGCGAUUCCUUGGAGUUUGUGCAGGUGGAGCAAGUUUUGCAGGGUACUGGGGUCGAUGUGGAUGGUGUGCUACGUCUCCUACACAGCCUCGGAGUACUUUUUUGGUUUGACAAGGAAAAGCUUCGGGACCAUGUUCUCCUGAACGUGCGCAGUGUGGCAGUCGCCCUGGCCCGACUUAUGAGUUUACGUUUCUGGCAGGAGUCCAAGUUUGAACAUGCAAGGGCUUACAAAGACGAGCUGGAAGAGAGAACCCAAAAGAUCCAGAAAGAUGUGCGCCGCUUCAAGGCCAGCGGAGUAGCUUCGAGUGCCCUGCUGCACGGCUUGUGGGGCAUUGACUUUCCAGAAUGUCAGUAUGGAAUACUUAUUGAAGUCAUGAUUCAGAAGGGCAUGAUUCUCAAUCGCGGAGUGGAGGGCGAAUACUUGGUGCCUUCCUGCUUGCCGUCAAUGGACGUUGCAGAAUUCCCAGAAAGCGGCGUAUGCGGCUACAUUCAGCUUGGCAAGCAGAUCUCACCAAGCAUGUUCCCAAGGAUUGUGAACGAGCUUUGCCAGCAGAUGGCUACGACGACGCCGACUGAGUUGACAUUGAAGCCGAGGCCACCGCAAAUCUUUCGGAACCAGGCCGAGCUACAGACACACAGUGCAACCAUCCUUAUCUCGCUGUUUCCUGCCUCCAGCUUUGAGCUCCUCAGAAUUCGCGUGCUCUCGCGGGGAGAUGAGAAAGUGGAGAUUGCAGAGGCGUGCUGGAAGCAUGUCAAGGAGUGUUUGUUUGAAGUCUUGGGCCUUGAUACCAGCAGGGACCUCGUCAAGACUGGACAGGACUGUGUCGUGCCGGAUCUGGAUCCAAAGAAAUUUGACAGGCUAUUGCAACUUGCAAGGUGCCCCAAACCACAGUGCACCUUCGUCGGCUGGAGAUCGCAAUGUUCCCAAUGCCGUGUCAGCGACUUGCUGCAGGAACGCUUUCUUCCAGACCUCAGCGAAGAACUGAGAAAGGUCGUGCGGUACAUCUCUGUGGAGCAAGAUGCUCGGCCCGAUGGCAGCUUCCGGUUCAAGCAUAUGGCUUACCCCGGCGAUGUUGAUGUGGAGGAAUACGUGAUCUUCGACGCAGAAGAUCCGACAAAGGCUGCCCAGCGCUUCGCGGAGCUCUUGGACCAGGCUUGCCAACUCUGCAGCAGCCAGGAAGAUCUGCACUGGGCCGGCUUGAAGGCAGGGAAGCGAGAUGGAGAUUCUACCCUGACAUGGACCGCAGAGGAUGUGAGGCGAGGCAAGAUGACGAGGAGCGACGGCAGCGAGAUCGCUUUGGUUGCGGCCCUGGCGGAAGGGCACCGUGGCCGAAGCGCGAAGAUCGACCUUUAUGCAAAGGUCAGCCUUUUCCGGGGUGGUAACUGUCGGCCACGCUUCUUUGAGGUGACGAACGUCCUUCGCUUCGGAUACGGCAGCCGCGGCGGCCAGAUCAAGCCAGUGACGAAGGAGAAAGACUUUCUGGAUGUUGUUGAGAUCUGCUUGCACGAGUAUUCUGGCCCAUGUCCCAAGACGAUGAAGUAUGCGAAGCGGCUGUGGGAGCGGAGUGCCUUCCUCGCCCAGCGGAGCAUCAGUUUGCGGGAGCACUUGGUGAUGUUGGAAGCCUUGUCGCCCCUCUUGGGGCACUGGCUUGCUAAAAUCAGCCAGAUGGCUGCCCAUGCGGAGACCCUCCACAACAUGUUGAAGGGUUUCAAACCAAAAGGAGAACUGGUGCAGCUUGAGAAAGUGCAGAACGAUGCCCUUAAAGACCUUCCAACUCUCUGCGAUGAUACGCAGGCAGUGCAGCAGGAGCUGAAGCAGAAGAAGCUUGAUGCGACGCUUACAUCAGACACUCAGGCCGAAUUGGACGCAUCACUGCUCUGCUUACAGGAGGCUUGGCAGUGCUUCGCGGCAUCUGCAGAGAAUUGCGAAGAGGCAUCAAAAGACGUACAGAGAUCUCUGCAGAGGGGCCAGGUAUGGCUGGAAGCUUGCGUCGCCAUCGUCCUUGCCAACAAGUUCCGCAAUCUACCUCGUCCAGUCACCCAGCCACUGCGAGACCGUUGGCACUUUCCCACCGGCCACCUGCCCAUCGCAGCUGAGAUUGAGCUUGUCGGCUUCGUUGGGCCCAAGUCCUGGCUUCAUGUGGCCUCCUGGAACGUCCAGAUUAUUGCACAGGCCGAGGCCAAGCGGAAGUACCCGACUGAAAAGGUCUUGGAUAUUAUUUUGGCGAUGAUGGCGCGAAACGCGAAGCACCUUCUUUUUCUGCAGGGGUGUUCACCGGAGCUUUUGCAAACUCUGGAGCAACGGCUCAGUCGCGAUGUCGCCUUGCUGCACAACGGAGCCAGCGCCGAGCAGGCCGUGGUUUUUGACAAGCGCUGUGUCAGUGAGCCUGGCGUUGUCAAGCAGGAUCGCUCCGUGACGGUCUUCCAGUUCGCUUGCAAGAGCGGUCAGCGCCAGUUCAAGCUGCAGGUUGCCGGGGCGCAGCUACCUGCCGCACCCAUCGAGACCUUCUGCGAAGAAUGCAAGCACUUGCAGGGCAUGCUCCAGGGCCUCGACACCACUCCGACUCUCCUCGUUGGCGAUCUGGGUUUGCCAGAGGAGGCAAUCGGACCGUGGCUCCCGGCAGAGGUCAGCUUUGCAAAGGUGCGUUAUCCCACAACGAUCUGCCAGGGUUCACUGCUGCCCCGGCGCCCAGACAGCCUUGCUUCCCUUUCGCCAAAGCUCCAGGUGAAAGCACUGCCGGCAGAAAGUGUGCACGCCGGCUUGCUCGAGCACGUGGGCCUCCUGCAGUCGAGGUCGCUGGGCCUUGCUGACGCAGAUUCCAAGGAGCGGAUCUUCGAGUUGCAGAAUCCCCGUGAAGGCAGUGCAUGA